UCUGAAAAUUGCAGGAAAAAAUGGGAGAAAAUUGUAGAAUUUGGGCUCGCCGAAGCUGGAGUGAUUUUCUGUGACAAAGCACUUCAGACUUAUUCAAAACUCAUCGAUGCACACAAUAUACCAUUGGUGCUACCUAUACAGAAAACUAGUUUAGUCUACAGUCAGUUCGCUGAGCAGACAAUGAAGGCAUUUGACACCACGAUAAAUUCCUAUUUGGAGACAACGGGUUUUUGGGAACUCCCAGCAAAAGUCAAAGAUUUUGUUGUGAAGUGCAUGGUAUUGGAGAUUUGUCCGACAUUUGCAAGACGAGCAAUGACAGAAGGUGGAUUUGGGAUGUUUGCCAUGUUGUCGCAUAUACUAGGAGAUGAAGAAAUGAAUGAAAGCUCAAUGAGAACCUGGAGCAAGAUAUACCGAGCUUUAGAGCAGGCUAUCAUCGUCAAUAUAGUGAAUUACUAA